AUGGAUGCUUCAACUAAUACAUCAGUACGAGUAUUUGAUGCAGGAUGGGCAUCAAAUAUAUUAUAUUAUGGAAAUACAAGCAGUAUCAUAACCAGUUAUUCAUGGAUUCCAGGACGUAGUUAUUAUGUUCUUUUUGAUAGUGGAGUGGUCAGUGGAAUCGAAUUUUGUGGUUCUGAAUCAGCUCCAAUAGCUGAUCCAACAUUUUGGACUUUCAAUAUAUGGGAUCCUGGUUAA